CUCUUCUCCCAGGAAUUACAAAACGACUUAUCCUUUGAUGACACCUUCGACAUUGAUCAAAUCGACGAUUCAAAAUUGCGCAGUUCCCGCGACCUGGAAGAGCAAGCCUUCAUCGAAGAUGAACUCCAGCCGGUAGAUGAGGCCGAGGCCAACAGCGAAGGCAGUUGGCUGGUGCAGAGCGUUAAACGUGUCCGCCGUGAGUUGGGACGUUUGUUCGGUGCUGAGAACAAACAAGCCGCUGCCGGUGGCAACAAGGUACGCAAACAUCACAAAAAACGUUCGGAACGUAAUCAAGCUGCCGGUGCUGCUGCUGGAGGUAAAAAGACUCAUGCUGAGGGCCACAAGAAAGCCCAACAAAAUGGUCAUACCAAACAGGCCAAUGGUGCUAAAUUGCAAACGAAACCAAAGAGAAAUCACAAAUUGCAAGCCUUGAACCGCCACAAGAAACGUCAAUUGUUCGGCGAUGAGAAUGAGGGUUCCGGCUUCGGCAAUGGUGAUGAUGAAGAUGCGCCCAUUGAUGAUUUUGGUGAAACUGAUUUGUGGGAGGCCUACGUUGUUGUCAACCUACCCUGGGAUGAUGCCUAUGAGGAUAAGACCAGCGAGGAAUUUGCCGCUUUGCAGUCCCAAAUCGAGGCGGCCUUUGUUGAGUGGUUCGAUGACGAAUACGGCUAUGAAGAAUUUGCCCUGCAUGUGGCCCUCAUGAAUGCCAAACGUACCGAUGACUACUAUCGCAUGCACUGUACCAUCCAAAUGGACUUGCCCGAGAAAUUCGGCAGCUUUGCCCAACGGGUGCAACAUCAGUUGACGUCCUAUCGCAAAAUGGCCGAUUUGGGCAUGGAAGCCGAUGACCAGUUCUAUUUCAGACGUGUGAGAGAUUUGCAAAAUCAUGAUUUCGUCGAUGUCACCGAGUCUGGCCAUGAUGCUCAAGCUCAUAAUAAUGGUGGUGGUGCAGGUGCUGGUGCCUAUGAUGGCCAUGAUAGCAACAACAACAACAAUGGUUACUACGAUCAAGGACAUGGCUAUGAUGCCAAUAAUCAGGACAAUGGCCAUGGCUAUUAUGAUCAGGAAAAUGCUGGACAUGGUCAUGAGGAUGGCCACACCAAUGCCUAUGACAGUACCAAUGCCUAUGAUAACGACAACAACAACAACCAUGGUUAUGAUGAUAACAACAACAACAAUGGCUAUGAUGUUUAUGGCAACAAUAAUGCCUAUGAUCCCUAUGGACAUGGCAGCACUGAAGACAACAACAACAACAAUGGCUAUGACAACAACAAUGCCUAUGAUCCCAAUGAUCCUUAUGGCCAAGGUCACACUGAAGACACCAACAACCACAAUGCCUAUGACACCAACAGUGCCUAUGAUCCCAAUGAUCCUUAUGCCCAGGGUCACACUGAAGACAAUAACAACCACAAUGCCUAUGAUCCCUAUGGCCAUGGCAACACUGAAAGCAAUACCUACGACAACAACAACAACAACAAUGGCUAUGAGGACAACAACAACAAUGCCUACGACCCCUAUGCCCAUGAUCCCUAUGCCCAUGGCAAUACCCACGAAGAACCUGAAGAAGAAGACGAAGAAGAAACCGAACAAGAACACGAAGCCCCUCGUCCCAAUAUUAUGGUAUACGACUGUGAUCAAAAUCCCGAUGGUGAUUUCCAAUGCGCCAACGGUGAUGUGAUUCCAUGCUACAAACGUUGCAACAACUAUGUCGAUUGCCUGGACGAGAGCGACGAAGAGCCCGAUAUGUGCAAGGUGGUGUUGGAACGUGAAGAGGAAGAAAUCGAAGAAAGCACCAAUGAGGAUGAGGAUAACUGGGGUUCAUGGCCAAAUGUCAACAAAGAAACAAGCACCGAUGAUUCUUGGGGUACUCCGGAAUCACAUCCUGAUGCCGGACAUCAUGACACCCAUGCCGUUGAAGAAGAGGAAGAAGAAAAGGAAGAAGAGGAGGAACAUUCUCCCACCUACGAAACAAUUGACUAUGAUCGUCCCAUUGAUGCCGAACGUCGUGUGGAAGAGCCCGUCAAUGCCGGCGGCAAUGUCUAUGGCGGUGAAGAAGAUCAUCAUCAUGGCGGUGCUGGUGGCUUGGACAACAACAUUUUCGAAUCAUCCGGAGACUACUCGCCCGUCACUGAAACCAGUGCCGUCUUUACACCACCCACUGGCUGUCGUGGCGAUUCGACCUACACCUGUCGCGAAAGUAAUGUUCAAAUCUGUGACGAACAUUUGUGCGAUGGUGUGGAACAUUGUCCCGAUGGUGAAGAUGAACUGAACUGUGGCAGCGACGAUGAGUUCAACUAUGAAAAGGUCUGCUCAGCUAAUGAGUUUAUGUGCGAUCAACGUUGUUUACCCAUGGAAUAUCGAUGCAAUGGAUAUAAUGAAUGUAACGAUGGUAGCGAUGAGAGGGAUUGUCCAGAAAAAGGUAAGUUCGAUUUUAUUUGUUUUCAUUUCUUCAUAUUAAGUAUUAUCGAUGAUAUUUUGCAAUGUGUUAUCGAUAAAAUUUCAGAUGCAAAAUAUUGUUACAAAUUAUGGUUUGUUGAGGACAAUUUUUGUAUUGUUAUUGAAUAA